AUGGUAAUUAGUGAUACGAACCCAAGCAAACUAACCAGGAUGUGCAGUUCAAUCAAGCAUGAGAGUUCCUCUGCUUAUCUCUGGCAUGGAUUUUAUGGUGAUCUUCAGCUUACAACCUGUAACUUGUUUACCAAAGUCAACAUCACAGAUAUUGCCUUAGGAGACCAGCACAGUUUGUUUCUCAGUGGCAGCGGAGAUGUUUUUGUCAAUGGAUUCAAUGACGUGGGACAGCUAGGGGUUGGUUCCCUGGAGGUGAAACUUGUAGAGGAGCCUUUAAAAGUGAAUGGGCUUUCAGACCCAGUGAUCCAAGUUGCGUGCGGCAAACACCACAAUGCUGUUGUCACCACAGCAGGCCAAGUUUUCUGUUGGGGAUUGUCCAGAAAUGGUCAGUGUGGGACAGGGAGUCUCGACUUAGUUCUGGCUCCUACUCAGGUUGUUGUGGAGAUUAACAAAGGUUUCUGUCAGCAUGGAAUACCCAAGCCAGCUCUGGCUGUUCCUAUCAGCAGUGUUGCUUGUGGGAGCAGUCAUACUUUGGCCCUGUCAGAUGAUGGUGAAGUUUGGUCAUGGGGUUAUGUGCCACAGCUCGGGUUAGGUGAUCUGAAACAUGCACCCAUCCCCAGGAAAAUUGAUGCUCUUCAGGGACAUCCUGUUGUGGCAGUUUGUUGUGGAGACCAGCACAGCAUGGCUCUUGUUCUCAAGGAGGAGAACAGACCUUCAAGGUCAGCAUCACCUUUGAAAGCCAUCAAAGGAAAAACAGAAGCAAAGACUGUUUUAGUGAAUGAACUCUACCCAUCUAGAUGUAGUAUAUGCAACAAGGAGAUCUACACAUACACAGACACAAGUGACAUGUGUGUGAUUGACACACUACAUGAUUGUACCCUGAAUGACAGUGUUCACAGCGUAGACUCGACAAUCAUCGAAGAUGUUUCAUCAUCUAGCUCCAGUGAAGCUUUGAAAAGGUCAGCAACAGCGUCUCCAGAAGAAAGAAUGGUACCUGGAUCCCAGACUGAUCAUGAAGCAGAGAACCUUCUUGAAUGCAGAAGAAAUGAGGCAGAUGAUAGUGGUAACCAGAGCAGUUUGCUUGAUAACUCCAGCUUUCUAGAAACUUCUGGCUUUGAAACUAGUGUUCUUGUUAUUCCAACAGAGAAUCCUUUUGAAGAUGGUGGUUCAGAUUAUAAAACAGAUGGAAUUCCUGAUACGCAAAAUGAGGCAGCACUGCAGAUAAAGGAUUUACCAACACAGUCAGAAAAUACAACAUCUGAAAACAGUUCUGAGUCCUCAUUGAGCAAGAAAGAAGAGAACGAAUGCUCCUUUACAAAUGAGUCUGUUAGCAUAGAACAGACUAAACCUUUUUCAGAGAAGAGACCGCUGCUACAGGAGAACAUCAUUGACAAGUUAAGGGCAUUAAAUAUGAGUAACAGGAAACGAUCACCUUCCACCACAAGUGUCAAGUCAUUCGAUUUGUCGGGAGCUAGAGAGUACUUGCAGCGUCACAAGUUAUCUGGCAAGAAGUCAACUGUUAUCACAGAAGCACAGCUCACUGAGAAUGUUUUAUCUGUGAGUGACAUGUCACUACAGCAGCCAGUACAAAGCCACAUCAGUACAGCUACAGAUGUGUGGGUGUGGGGAUGUAACGAACAAGGUCAGCUGGGGUUGGGAGAUCAGCUGAAUCGAGCACAGCCUACACUCGUGAAAUUGUUUGUAGGUCGGCAUGUGAUAAAGCUAGCAGCGGGAGAGAAACACAGUUUAGCUUUGACUGCCAAUUCCCAAGUUUAUUCCUGGGGGUUCAAUUCAUAUGGACAGCUAGGACAGACUGAAUCGACCCAUGCACCUGCACGGAUUAAGUUCACAAAAGGAUUUACAGCAUGGGACAUAGGAGCAGGGGCAACUCACUCUGUCUUCCUUGGUGACACAGCAGAAAUGCAUUCAGAUGUUCUCUAUUGUGGCAAACAUCCAAGCAAAGACGCACAUAGCUCAUUGAAAAAGACCAAUUCACCUUUGUCCUUGGAGGAUGUCAGACAGCUCGGCUGGAUAACCAAAGUUAUGGCUGGUGGGUCAGGAUGUGCAUGUAAAGUUUUAAACCCAGCCCCUCCAGAGUCUGCAGCUCUAUUCAAGCUGGCAGCAUCAGAAAGAGCAUUCUACAACCAGCUUAUUAAAACCAGCAAUGUCUUACUGAGACCUCUACAGAAAUCUGAUUUUUAUACAUCAAUGGGAGUUUACCCAUACAAGACCUCACUUCGGAAUUUGGUGGCUGCAUUUGGAGCCCUCACAAAAAAGAUUGGCGAAGGCAUUACAGAUUUAACAAGGUGCAUACAGAACACAACCCCCCUGAGCACCUCACACAUGUUGGGAUGCCACAAUGAGUUUAUAGAGGCGUUCCGCAUGUACUCACAGUCAUUUUCUGACUUUUUAUCUGUCGGAGGUUUUGACUACUGUACUCGCACUGGCAGUGAAUUCUUUGAAAAGAUCCAAGACUCCAUUCAUGAUCUGUCUGAGGAGCAAGACAAGACAGUUGCAUCCCAGAGUUUGUUCUUGAGGGCCAUGAGGUAUCCCUUUUUUCGUCUGGCAGACUACAGUAGGUUCAUUGGCAAGAUAUCAGCUGUUGUCACAGACCCAGAAGUGAAGUCUCACCUAGAGAAUGUGGUGCUGGCCUGGGAACAGCUGAAGAUCAACUUGCCUACAGAGCACAAAGUUGCAGAUGUCACAAGAGUGUUCUGGGAAACAUUUUCUCAGAAGAUACCUGAUUCAUUUCGAAGACCCGACCGCCGUGUGCUAAGGGAAAGUAAAACUCAUCCCAUACAAAUGCCAUCUGGUGGAAGAUUCACAAGUCGGCUUUUUGUCUUGUUUAACGAUGCCUUUCUCAUGCAGACAACAAGCCCAUCAUUACUUCCCCUUGAAACUGUGUGGGUAGAAUCAGGAGCAACUGAGGAUGAACAAACAAAUGCCAUCACUGUUAUUGCUCCUGAGGAAAGGCUGGAAUUAUUGGCCUCUACAGCAGUUGAGAAGACUGAAUGGCUGGUGGCUUUGAACUCAGCAAUCAGUAAAGUGAUGACAGACAGAAAGUCACUGCCAUGUGUACAUGGCAGGGGGGAGAGGUUCACACCUCCACUCAUUCGUCAUGCAAGCCACACCUUUCACCAAACAUCCUGUUUACAAGGAUGCCCUCUACACUGGCACCUGGCUUUCUGGAAAGGUUCAUGGAAUACCUGGUACUUUCACUAUUGUCAAGGAUUAAAGGCACUGAAGUACAGAAGGGAAAACUGGAAAGAUGGCAGACUCAAUGGAUUUGCCAUCUGUCAGGUAGGCAGAUUAUCAUUGGUAUUACUCUACGCAAACGGAGAUCUGUACGAGGGUUACUUCCUGGAUGGUCAAAGGUUUGGUCAUGGUAAAUACCAGUCAGGACGCCACAAGUCCACCUGGAUGUCUGUUUACAUCGGGGAGUGGGUCAACAAUCUGAAAGAAGGAUACGGUGUAGAAGAUGACACACUGAAAGGUGAGAAAUAUUUGGGGAUGUGGACACAGGAUCAAAGACAUGGCUCAGGUGUGAUGGUCACAUUGGACGGCAUGUAUUUUGAAGGCACUUUUCAACAAAACAAACUUACAGGCUUUGGCAUCAUGAUAUCGGAUGACAACACAAUAUACGAAGGGGAUUUCAUGGAUAUUACACACUUAUCUGGAAAGGGUAUCCUGACUUUAUCCUCUGGUGACAAGCUGGAGGGCACCUUCAGUGGAACACUAAAUGAAGGACUGAAGAUCAAUGGAACCUUCAUUAAGUCACCUUCUCCACCAGACCUAGACCAGAGAUUGAACCCUGCCGGAGUCAAGUCAGCACACUUUGGCAAGCUGGGCGUAAGUGCUGACAACAAAUGGACAGAUAUAUUCUCCCACACGGCUGCAUCAAUUGGUCAAAGUGGUCUUGGGAAAGGCAUCAGCCAGGAGGAUACAGACAAGGCCUGGGAUACUGUGGCCGUGAUGUUGACUUCGGGGAGGCAAGCUGUCAAGGAGGGCUCUGGAAUUUCUCCAAGUAAACUUAAAGUUCAGCAGAAAACUCUUGAGGGCUUAGAGAGUAUCCCAUCACACAGAUUAGACUCAAUCAAUACAGAGAUGAUUGAAGAGAUAUCUGCAUACUUAGCCAAGGCAUGUGAUACCAUAUACCACCCACUAGGGCGACUGAUGGAGAACCUGGUGGAUGUGUUCCGAGCCUCCUAUAUCGGUGUCGGAGCUCACCCCAGACUGCUGCAUCAUGCAGUUCUGGAGAUGAGGUCUUAUGUCAGCAGGCUGUACCAGGUUGUCAGAAUCCUGUUCCCAGCAUUACCAGCGAAUGGAGGCCCCGUGUAUAUUUAUCCACCCUCUAAAUCAAGUAGUUUUCCUCAGACGACAGAGGAGGCCAAGAAGUUUCUGGAUGGUUUAGAGGCUGAUGAUUCAUCCGGUUGUAUCUUCACAGCUGCGGGACUGCUGUACCCAAUACUGCUGCCUAAGAUCUAUCCUCCACUCAUUGAUCUAUAUGCCCUGUACAACGAGAAGAAUGACGACAGAUACUGGGAGCGGGUGACCAAGCUGAACAGACAGAGUGACAUGGGCCUGAUGGCUUACCUGGGCAUUGAACAACGCUUCUGGCUCAUAGAAGACAUGCUUGAUCAGGACAAGUCACAGAAGCUGUCUACAAUCAAGGAUGUUUGCUAUGCUCAAGCUGUGGAUACCUUGCAACAGUUGAGCACCGCCUUCUCUCCUAUAGAGAAACUAAAGAUAAUAGAACAGACUUUCAAUGAAAUUACCAAGACGGUUUCCUUAAACUUAAAGGAUGACCACAUGUGGUGUAUGGACGACCUGUUUCCCAUUUUCCAGUUUGUUGUUGUGCGAGCAAAAAUCCACCAUCUUUGUGCAGAAAUACAUAUGAUUGAUGAUCUGAUGGAGCCACACAUGGAGCAUGGGGAGCUUGGCUUAAUGUUCACAACGCUCAAAGCCUGCUACUUCCAGAUACAGAAUGAAAAGUUGCCUCACCAUUAG